AUGCCCGCUACCGCGUCCCGUGCCGUUCUUCGGCAAUCGCAGUUCCUGACCCGGAGGACCGCUGUCAGAUACGCCUCCUCCACCCCGGAGUCUGCUCAGAAGGCUAGCGAGGCUGCAUCCUCUGCUGCCUCCAAGGCAUCUGAAGGUCUCUCUCGUGUCACAUCCACCGCUGGUCCCGCUCUUUCGAAUGCCGCCCAGGGCGUCGGCAGUGCUCUGAGGAAGGUUGGUGGAAGGACCGGAAAAGUCAUCGCUUUCGUCGAUUCUAUGAUACCCCCUACCCUCUACUACGGAAAGGUCGGCCUUGAACUCGCCAAGCUCGUUUUCCGUGGACAGAACAUGACUCCUCCCAACCUGGCUACCUUCCAGUCCUUCUACCAGCCUCUGAUCAACGCUUUCCGCAGCCCUGCCGCCCUUAAGAACGCCAACUUCGUCUCUCCCGGAGACAUCGCCGCCCGUGUCCGCAAUGCCAGCCCUAAGGAACUCGCCCUGGCCGGUGUUACUCUCGCGGAGGUUAUCGGAUUCUUUACCGUUGGUGAGAUGAUCGGUAGAAUGAACAUUGUCGGCUACAGGGGCCACCCUGAGCACCACGGAGACCACUAG